AUGGCAAGCUCGCUGUGCUUUGCACCUCUCAUUUCCUCAAACGUAGUUGUGAACAGACCUGGACUUAUUAGCCACAAAUUGAGCUGCGGGAGGGCAAAUUGGAUUACAGACGCUUCUUGUAGCUCAAGAAAUGCUCCUUUCGAAGCUUUGAAGGUUAAUGCUACGAGCAACAAACCAAGCACCAAACCGAAUAGCAUACGUUGUGCUGAAUGUGAUGGAGAUGGUGCUAAGAAAUGUACUCAAUGCGAAGGAAGUGGAAUCAAUUCAGUCGAUCACUUUAACGGGCAGUUCAAAGCUGGAAACAUGUGCUGGCUAUGCAGGGGCAAAAAGGAGAUUCUUUGUGGUAGUUGCAAUGGUGCUGGGUUUAUGGGUGGUUUCAUGAGCACAUUUGAUGAUUAG